AUGUCUCCUAACUAUCCAAAUCAAAGAAGUGCAAAUUCGGCCAAUUUCUUUGCUACAUCCAAUUAUCCAGUUUCAUCAUCAUCACAAGAGGUUUAUUCUUCAUCUGUUUCACCACCAACAAGAAUACGACAAGUUUCGUCUACUUUCGAAGACUCUCGGCAAGUAAAUGUUUCAGAUAAUUGGACUACGAAACCCAUGCCAUUACCAAACUUGAGAGAUUUAUUCCAAGAUAACUUCCAAGGAUCGACAUUACCAAACAAUCAUGUCCUCCACCUUUCUAAUAAUCUUUCUAAUAAUCUUUCUAAUAAUGUGUCUUGCAGUUUGCCAUCCGCUUCCAUGCCAUCACAACACAUGUGGCAUGAAGAAGGGCAUGUACAGUAG